GACAGGGAAGUGAAGUGCCUGUACAGGUACACUACACUUGGAGGGACACGGCAGCCAAAUAUCUUGGAUUGAUCGACUCCCAAGCUCCACGACAACUGUUUCAACUCAACCUUGUCAUUUUCCCGUCCGCCUCCUCGACUCUCCCUCACUUCCUUUCCUGCACCUACAUUCCGAGUUUCGACCAUCGACGCCUAAUCCGUCCCACGAGCUAUCGAAGCCGCAGCCAAGGGAUCCCGCAUACAAACAUAACCGAGAAUAGCGAACCCCAUGUUUCGCGACCAAGCCCCGUCCUCCCCUUGAUCCAUCUCUUCCGGGACACCAGGAACAGCAGCAACCUCGGGGGCACUGCUGAACGAACGAACGAUCUAUACAAACCGCCACGAUACACCCUACCCUAUACGACGGCUGAGAACCGACAUCCUCUUGAGCAGCUACAAUGAGGAGCUGGGCGUAUGCCUUCUUCCUCCUGGUGCUGUCCGUAUGGACGGCACAGGCCCUGGAGGUCAAGCUAGACGAAACCGAAGAGAACCGGCAACGAUGCGCAGGCAUGUACAGUAAAGAGACAUGGACUGGCCCGGUCAAUCCCUUCAUCAGUGUCAAGUUUACAGACUUUGGCUCCGACGCUGGCGACGAUCCUAUUGUCAGUCUCCUUAUCUUUGAGUGGCAGGACGCGGAUCUCGUCGGUGUCCUUCCUGAGGGCGCGGACCGUAGGAUUGGCAUCUGCGAGCCCCAGUAUGUCGACGCCGGAUACUGCAACACCACCAACGUGGGCGAGUACAUCCUCGCACCCAACGCCACUGCACUAUCCAAGAAUAUCGUCUUCACCGACGCCAUCCAUCUCAAGAAAUCGGCCCCGGUCAAGUACCAGAUCAAGAACACGGGUUACUACUGCGUGCUCACGGACAAGUAUACGGCCGAUAGGUACGAGGCGCUUGUCGAGUUCCGGAACGCCUAUGGAGAGCUCCCCGCUACACAGAUCCCCAAGCUGCCUUUCUAUGGCGGCAUCACCAUCUUGUAUGCCCUGGUGUUGGCGCUCUGGGGUUUCCUCUACUUCCAGCACCGUUCGGAUAUCUUGGCUGUGCAGAAUUACAUUACAGCUAUCCUCAUUUUCCUCGUCAUUGAAAUGUUAAUGACAUGGGGUUUCUAUGACUUCCUCAACCGCCACGGCUCGAACCUCGGCUCCCGUGUACUACUCAUUGUGGUAGCCGUCCUCAACGCCGCGCGCAACUCCUUCUCCUUCUUCCUCCUCCUAAUUGUGUGCAUGGGCUACGGCGUCGUUAAGCACACACUCGGCCGCACCAUGAUCUACGUCCGUUGGCUCGCCAUUGCACACUUCGUCUUCGGUAUCGUCUACGCCAUGACCGGUCUUCUUGUCAACCCAGACAGCGCCGGCCCCUUCGUUCUACUCAUCAUUCUCCCUCUGGCGGGUACCCUGACGGCCUUUUAUGUGUGGACGCUCAACUCGCUUAGCUGGACGCUCAAGGACCUCAAGGAGCGCAAGCAGCACGUCAAGGAGGGCAUGUACAAGAAGCUGUGGUGGUGCAUCCUCAUCUCCAUCCUAGUCAUCUUUGGCUUCUUCUUCUGGAACAGCUUCUCGUUUGCUCAGGCUAGCGACCCUGGCUACGUUCCCUUCCACUGGAAGAGCAGAUGGUUCAUCCUUGACGGCUGGCCGAACCUUGUCUACUUUGCCGAUGUUGCUUUCAUUGCGUACGUGUGGCGGCCGACAGCGAACAACAAGCGGUUUGCCAUGAGUGACGAGAUUGCCCAGGAUGACGACGGCACCAUCGAAUUCUCGAACUUGGAUAUCGGUGCGCCGGAUGAUAGUGAUGACGAGGAGGCCCAGGUUGGUAUGAAAGCAAAGAAGAAUCAGAAUGAAAAUGCGGGCGUGGGUUCGGGUGCCGGCGCUAGUCUGCAGCAACAGUCACGGAAUCUGGGAGGCCCAAGCAGCUCCUCUCAGCAGCAGCAGCAACAGCAAAGGAGACCUAGCCCUCACCGGGACUCCAUGGACGGGGAGACUAUCUUUGCGGUCGGCGAGGAUGGCGACAAGUUCUCGUCUGACGAGGAUAGUGACGAGGAGGGAAAUCUGGUGAGAGCCAAGAAGUAAAGGGCUAUUUAAUCACAUGAUGUUUAGGUGGGGGAAUUAGAAUAACUAAUUACGAGUCUAAUUGUGUUGACGAGAAACACCCCAAGUGUACUGUCGGUUUGUGGCCGAGGUAAGAUGGCCGUGUAUCAUAUGUUUUAUUUUUUUCUCGGUUUCUACACAUGUUCUUGAUGGCGUUUGUUGGAUGCCUGCAUUUUCUUCCACAAUUUUACUACUUUUCUUAGAAUUCACUUUGUCCUUUAGAUCAAGAUCAAGAUCGGUACAAUCAAGCUAGGCUGGGCGAGGCCAAGUGGGCAAAACAUGAUAGCAUAUUCCGUUUCCUUGCGUACAAUAACAGACAUGAAAUUCUUGCUACUAUGGUCCAAGCUGGCCUGGCUGGGUUCAGGACGCAGCUAAGCAUAUCCUCGCCGAAGACCGAUAUCUCGCGUCAGGCAAGUUGCAACCAGGAAGCAAGCUGUUACUGUCAGAAGCACCCAGCCCUAGGUUUACCUACGUGAC